AUGGCACAGCGACACCUACCAGCCGGACUGCAGAGAAGGGGCACCAAAAGCCAGAGGAAGGCGGCAGAAGAGGGCUCCACAUCACAGGGGGACUCACGGGCCUUCAGCACCCAAGCUACGACCCAAGGCAGCAACAAUGGAACGAAACAGCUCUGGACUCAUUGGGGGCGCAGAACCUGCAUGACAUCCCUCCUUGGAGUGCAGUUCAACAUAGUCAACUGCUUUUCAUCGCUCUUCUACAUAGCAUUUGUCAUGUGUGAUUUGAAGCUGCUACGCCAGAGUUUGGCCACCCUGCUCAUUACCUCCCAGAUCCUAAACCAGUUUGUGGAGUCCUUGCUUCCUUACUGGAUGCAGAAAAGAUCUAACAAGAAAAUAAAGAACAAGGUGAAAUCCUUAAAGAUUGACACAGAGUUCGCAUUAUUGGAGCAAAUUCACCUGGAGAAACAAAUGGAUGCUUAUCAGGGCACGUUUGAUGAUUACUUGGAGCUAUUCUUACUGUUUGGCUACGUGAGUCUCUUCUCCUGUGUCUACCCACUUGCUGCCGUUUUUGCAGUACUUAACAAUCUCACGGAAUUGUAUUCGGAUGCACUAAAAAUGUGCCGUGUUUUCAGAUGUCCGUUUUCUGAGCCCUCGGCCAGCAUUGGAGUAUGGAUGUUGGCUUUCGAGACCAUGGGUAUCAUAGCUGUAAUUACCAAUUGUACUCUGCUUGGGAUGUCCCCACAAGUCAAUGCAAUGUUUCCAGAUUCUAAAAUGGACCUUAUUCUGACCGUGGCAGCAGUAGAGCAUGCUCUUUUGGCGCUGAAGUUUAUCCUGGUGUUUGUAAUCCCUGACCAAUCAUAUGACAUUCAAGUGAAAGUGGCCAGGUUGGAAUUUGAGUCUAUGGAAGCUCUCAAGCAAACACAGCAAAUGAAGCUUUCUUCUGACUCCGUUACAGAGGACACAGAUGCUAUAUAUUCUUGAAGAGAGUAUAUUGUUUUGCCCCUACGUAUUUGCACUCUUCAGUUAUUUUACGAAGAAGAUGGCGUUUACUUAUCCUUUCACCUACACCAAAGCUAUCGCCAAGAUUCUCAGGAUGCAAUGUAUCAUGAUUUCCAUUACACUGUCUUUGACGAUUUUUCUGAGCAUUCAUUGAAUUUGAUUUACUGUUGGGUUUCUUUACCUCCAAUUUUUAGAGUACAGGCACACUUUGGCACACAUUACCAGUUAAUCAGGAAUUCAUUAUUUCGAUUAACCCACCUGCCCUAAAGGCACAGAAGCCUGUAAAGUCGCCACUAUUAUGUAUGGAGGCUGGUGAACACUGAAAACCCAUACCUUAUCAUUGGGUGACUAUAUUUACUCUUAAGGGCGGUAGACAGACUGGGUUGGUAUUCUUUGUGACGCUUAUUGCUAAUUUGUCAGUCAUGAAUAAUCCUAAAGGUUUGGGAGAAUUAUAUUUAUAUCUUGCAGAACGGGCACAUUAACGUACUGACUUGGUGGAGGUUAAGCAUAUGAAACAUUGAACCAUCUCUAUUUUCUUUUUUUAAUGUAACAUGUAUUGUUAUGCAGUGUUUAUCAUUGUUUUUACUGUAUUCAAGGCACCAGCAUCUUAAAACAUGGUUCCUAAUGGCUUGUUAUCAGCAUUAAUUUUAAGUGCAACAGUGUAUGUUUCUUAUGUGCAUGUUAAAUAAAUAUCUCCGUAAAGCAGUG